AACCGUUUCCAACAACUCCAAAGAAACAACAUUCUCCCCCAAAUUAAUUCUCACCAAAAUCAACCUAAAACCCUAAUUUCCCAAAUCCCCUUUCUCGCUUCAAUCCCACACAAAUUCUUCACUAAUUUUCAAAAAAAUCAUAAACAACCAAUUCACAGAACCUUCUUGCUUCAACAACCCGCCUUUCUCAUCCCAAACAUAUUCAAAAGUUGUUGAGAAAAUGACGAAUUUACUGAACUCAAUUACCAUAAAUCCCUCACAAUGUUCAUCGCUUUCAGCAUGGUUUGUUCGAUCAAUUGAUUAUAAUGUGGGAUUCUCUUGGGAAUUUGUUCGUGCGGACACAGGAUAACGAUGAAGAGGCGUUGCAGGUGGCUGCGUUGCAGCGAUCGCCGACGUUUGUUCGGGCGAGAACCUCGGUGUUUAGGAGUUGUGGUGGGGAGUUUACUCUUGUUGAUGUUAGUAAGCUUGAUGAUGAUGAGAAGAAGAUUGUGUUGGAUAGGUUGGUUAGUACGGUUAAUGCGAAUCCUGGGUUGUUUUUUGAUCGGAUUCGACGCCGGUUUGAUAAUGUUGAUCUGAAAUUUCCGAAAGUGGAGGUUCGAUUUGAGAAUCUGCAUAUAGAUGCGUUUGUACAUGUGGGGAGCAGAGCAUUGCCUACCUUACCUAAUUCUGUUUUUAACUUCAGUGAGGCUUUCUUGAGGAAAUUAAGGAUCUUUCCUGGCAGAAGAACAAAAUUGAGCAUUUUAAAUGAUGUUAGCGGUAUUAUUAGACCUUCCAGGUUAACUCUCCUUUUGGGUCCCCCAAGCUCUGGUAAAACGACACUACUUUUGGCUCUAGCUGGACGUCUUGGACGUGGAUUAAAGUUGUCCGGAAAAAUCACAUAUAAUGGAAGCGAGUUAAACGAAUUUGUACCUCAAAGAACUUGUGCGUAUGUCAGUCAACAAGAUUGUCAUAUGGCUGAUAUGACGGUUAGGGAGACGCUUCAAUUCGCAGAGGGUUGUCAAGGUUUUGGUUAUAAAAAAGAUAUGAUUAUGGAACUUCUAAGAAAAGAGAAAAACGCUGGAAUUAGACCCGAUGAAGAUCUUGAUAUAUUUAUAAAGACGGUGGCACUUGGAGAAGACAAGACGAGUCUCGUAGUGGAUUACCUUAUGAAGAUUUUAGGAUUGGAUAUAUGCGCGGAUACACUAGUAGGAGACGAAAUGCGUAAAGGGAUUUCCGGUGGUCAAAUGAAACGGUUGACUUCAGGAGAACUGCUAGUGGGACCCUCACGGGUUCUUUUCAUGGAUGAGAUAUCAACCGGCCUUGAUAGCUCAACCACUUAUCAAAUCAUUAACUACCUUAAACAUUCAACUCGUGCUCUUGAUGGGACAACCGUCGUCUCGUUGUUGCAACCGGAUCCUCAAACGUUUGAGUUGUUUGAUGAUUUGAUUUUACUAUGUGAAGGUCAAAUUGUGUACCAAGGGCCCCGCAAUGCUGCCAUCGCUUUCUUUGCUUCUAUGGGUUUUCAGUGCCCGAAGAGGAAAAAUGUGGCCGAUUUUUUACAAGAAGUUACAUCGGUAAAAGAUCAAGAACAAUAUUGGUCACUUGACGAACAUUACGAAUACGUUCCCGUUGAGAAAUUUGUAGAAGUAUUUAAAUCAAACUUUCUCGGUAGAAAUUUAUCACGUGAGCUGGCGAUUCCGUUUGAUAAACGCCGUAAUCAUCCUGCAGCCCUUUCUACACACACUUAUGGUGUAGAAAGAAUGAAGCUACUCAAAAUUAGUUUCAAAUGGCAGAUGUUACUUCUUAAACGUGAAUCGUUGGUUUAUAUCUUCAAAUACUUUCAGCUUAUGUUGGUGGUUUUGGUCAUGACGAGUGUAUUUUUCCGUACAACUUUGCAUCGUAAUUCACUGGAUGACGGUGGAGUUUAUCUUGGCGCUCUAUAUUUCGCAAUAGUCAUGAUAUUAUUCAACGGUUUUAUGGAGGUCCCAAUGUUAAUAGCCAAACUUCCCGUUAUCUACAAGCACAGAGAUUUACAUUUCUACCCCUGCUGGGUUUACACUCUUCCGUCUUGGCUUUUAAGCAUUCCUUCAUCAAUUAUAGAAUCCGGUAUUUGGGUGGCCGUCACAUAUUAUCUCGUUGGUUUUGAUCCCCAAUUAUCAAGAUGCUUGAAGCAGUUCUUGUUAUACUUCUUGUUGAACCAAAUGUCGAUCGGUCUAUUUCGCGUGAUGGGAUCUUUAGGCAGAAAUAUGAUAGUUGCUAAUACGUUCGGAUCUUUUGCCAUGUUGGUUGUCAUGGCACUCGGUGGAUUUAUACUGUCUAGAGAUAGCAUCCCGGCUUGGUGGAUUUGGGGUUACUGGUUUUCCCCUUUAAUGUAUGCCCAAAAUGCGGUUUCAGUCAAUGAGUUCUUGGGGGAUACUUGGGAUAAGGCAGCUGGAAACAAUACUGACAUCCCUUUGGGAACUAUGCUACUGAAAGUCAGAAGUCUGUUUCCGGAAGAUUAUUGGUAUUGGAUUGGAGUUGGUGCUUUACUUGGUUACACUAUUUUAUUCAACGUUCUCUUUACAUUAUUCCUUACGUAUCUUAAUCCUCUUGGAAACCAUCAAGCAAUUAUCCCUCGUGGGACCGUCAAAUCGCAGAAGACGAGAAACGGAAUUGUAUCUGUUAUCAUUGAGUUAAAAGAUUACUUGCAGCGUUCACCUUCAUAUGCUGGUGCCGAAGCCGACAGUCAAAGAGGAAUGGUUCUUCCAUUUCAGCCUCUCACCAUGUCUUUCCGGAACAUUAGUUAUUACGUCGAUGUCCCACGGGAGUUGAAGCAACAAGGUCUAUCGGUCAACAAAUUACAAUUAUUGGUCAAUGUAACGGGAGCUUUUAGGCCGGGUCUCCUUACCGCGUUGGUCGGUGUCAGUGGGGCUGGUAAAACGACUCUUAUGGAUGUCUUAGCUGGCAGAAAAACCGGCGGCCAUAUCUCGGGCCAAAUUUAUGUUUCGGGUUACCUUAAAAACCAAGAAACAUUUGCAAGAAUUUCUGGUUAUUGUGAACAAAACGAUGUUCAUUCCCCGUGUUUGACCGUUUAUGAAGCAUUGAUGUUCUCCGCUUGGCUUCGAUUACCUUCUGAUAUUAAUGCAGCAACGAAAAGGGACUUUGUAGAAGAGGUUAUGGAACUUGUGGAAUUAAAUCCACUCAAGGGAGCCCUAGUUGGUCUACCUGGAAUUGACGGAUUAUCAACUGAACAAAGAAAAAGAUUAACAAUUGCAGUUGAGUUAGUUGCAAACCCCUCUAUUGUAUUUAUGGAUGAACCUACUUCGGGACUUGAUGCACGAGCCGCUGCCAUUGUUAUGAGAACGGUUAGAAAUAUAGUCAACACCGGCCGGACCAUUGUUUGCACCAUCCAUCAGCCCAGCAUUGAUAUCUUUGAAUCGUUUGACGAGCUUUUACUGAUGAAACGUGGCGGGAAGCUCAUUUAUGCUGGUCCCUUAGGCACUGGGUCCCACAAACUGAUACAAUAUUUUGAGGCGGUAAAAGGAGUACCUAAGAUCCGACCUGGAUAUAACCCGGCUGCUUGGAUUCUCGAGGUUACUUCAGCAACAGAAGAAAACCGUCUUGGUGUCGAUUUUGCUGAAAUUUACCGUGAAUCAUAUCUUUAUUUGCAAAACCAAGAAUUAGCCGAGAACUUAAGCAAACCAGACAGGAAUUCAAAAUUCUUGAGUUUUCCAACCAAAUAUUCCCAGACAUUUUUCGGUCAAUUUCUUGCAUGCCUUUGGAAGCAAAAUCUGUCCUACUGGCGGAACCCGCAAUAUACAGCUGUUCGGUUUUUCUACACAGUUAUCAUAUCGUUGAUGUUUGGGACAAUGUGUUGGAAAUUCGGUGAUAAAAGGGAAACACAGCAGGAUAUUUUUAAUGCAAUGGGAUCAAUGUAUGCUGCAGUUUUAUUUAUUGGAAUUACUAACGCCGCUUCAGUCCAACCAGUGGUUUACGUUGAAAGGUCUGUUUCAUACAGAGAAAGAGCAGCAGGGAUGUAUUCUGCUUUACCAUUUGCAUUUGCACAGGUUGCAAUAGAGUUCCCUUAUGUGUAUGUGCAAUCGCUUGUGUACAGCCUUAUUUUCUACUUUUUAGCUUCGUUUGAACGGAGUUUCUUUAAAUUAUUUUGGUACAUAUAUUUUAUGUACUUCACAUUACUAUACUUUACCUUCUUUGGAAUGAUGACGAUUGCUGUUACACCCAACCAUAAUAUCGCUGCUAUCGUUGCUGCUCCUUUUUACAUGUUGUGGAACCUUUUCAGCGGAUUUAUGAUCGCUCGCAUGAGGCUUCCUAUAUGGUGGAGAUGGUAUUAUUGGGCGAAUCCAGUAUCAUGGAGUUUGUACGGGCUGCUGACGUCACAAUAUGGAGAUGUGAAUGAACCCCUAAAGCUUGCUGAUGGUUUGCAUUCAGUUCCGUUACGACAGUUUCUUAAAGAGGAAUUGGGGUACCGCCACGAAUUUUUGGGUGUUGCGGCCACUGCAGUGGUGGGUUUCUGUCUAUUGUUUGCAGUGACAUUUGCAUUUACUAUGAAAUCCUUCAACUUCCAAAGGAGAUGAAGAUGUGUAAAUUGUAAUGCCUUUAAAAACUAGUUGACAGGGCGUCGGGAAUCUUCCAACAAGUGUUUGUUUUGUGUUGUUUGCGGAUUAAAUCAUGCGGUUUUGUUUCGAUACGGUUAUUAAUAAACAAUGUAAACUGAAUUUGUAUUA